AUAGUCUUGAGCUGAGGCCAGGAAGACAGUUUUAUGCAAUCUUUAGCCCAUCUGCUCCUUGGAAACCCCAGAAAAAACUGUGCAGUUUAGGUGACUCUGUCUUCCUGCAUAAGCAGAGGUAAAUGGAAGGAAAUGGGGAGAUAAUAUUUCAACCCCUUCAGGGUCUACAGAUAUGAAAUCUAAAAAUAGUGUAUAGCCUACUACCAGAUGCCAGAAUGACUGAGUAGAACAGGCACCAAGAGCACUGUAGGAGGCACUGGAUUCCUAAAGGAACAGCCAGUCAGUGGAGAACAACUGGACCAUCUGGGGCUUGGAUUUUCUCAAAAGAUCAGCAAAGGAACCAUGGGGGUGUUGAUGUCCAAGCGACAGACAGUAGAACAGGUACAGAAAGUGAGCCUGGCUGUGUCUGCCUUCAAGGAUGGGCUGCGGGACAGGCCUUCCCUCCGACGCACAGGUGAGCUACCAGGGUCUCGUCGUGGCACUGUAGAGGGCUCUGUACAGGAGGUGCUGGAAGAUAAAGAAGCAGAGGCAGACACCCCAGUGGUCCAGGAAGAGAGCAAUGUCAACCGUGCAGCCUGGGAACGGCUACGAGAUGGACGUGGAGUGGAGCCUGAGGAGUUUGACAGGACCAGUCGAUUCACACCCCCUGCCUUCAUCCGCCCCACUCGGAAGCUGGAUGAUGACAAGCCUCCAGAUAUCUGCUUGGAACCCAGAGAGCCUAUUGUCAACGAUGAGAUGUGUGAUAUUUGUGAGGUCUGGACAGCUGAGAGCCUCUUCCCGUGCCGGGUCUGCACCAGGGUUUUCCAUGAUGGCUGCCUGCGCCGUAUGGGCUACAUCCAAGGAGACAGUGCAGCAGAAGUGACUGAGAUGGCCCACACAGAAACAGGCUGGAGCUGCCACUACUGUGACAAUCUCAACUUGCUGCUUACUGAGGAAGAAAUGUACAGCCUAACAGAGACCUUUCAGCAGUGUAAAGUCAUCCCUGAUUGCUCCCUGACGCUGGAGGACUUUCUUCGCUACCGCCACCAAGCAGCGAAGCGGGGGGACAGUGACAGGGCACUGAGUGACGAGCAAGAGCAGCAGGCAGCCCGCCAGUUUGCAGCCAUGGACCCUGAACAUCGUGGCCACAUAGAGUGGUCUGACUUCUUGUCCCAUGAAUCCUUACUACUUCUGCAGCAAUUGCGUCCCCAGAAUUCACUGUUGAGGCUUCUGACAGUCAAGGAGCGGGAACGAGCCCGAGCCACUUUCCUGGCACGGGGCAGCGGGAACACCAUCAGUGAGGCAGAGUGCCGCUGGGCCCAGCACUCUUGGUUCUGCAAACGCCUCAUAGAGGUUCCUUCUUGUGGUGUGAGCAGUAUCAGCCACGUGGGUCCCCUAGCAGACAGCAGCCCCGCCAGCAGCAGUGGCAAAAGUCAGGAUAAGCCCCUACUACCUGCAGAGCACGAGUCCAGAUCUGUGGACUGGCCCACCUUCCUGCGAGAGAAUGCUGUCUACAUCUUGGCUGCUCGCCCUAAUAGUGCAGCCAUUCACCUGAAACCCCCAGGAUAGCAUGGCACAGAGAAGUUUCGGUUCAGGAGCACUGGCAUCUUCUCCCUUCUUCCCUUUUCCUCUUCCUUCCACCAAAUUCUGGCUCUGAGACUCAUGGGGAUUGGCACUGCCAGCAUCUUAAUUUUUCAUUAAGCUUUAUGGCAUUGAAAUCACCAUUCCCCUCACAACAGAGGCAGUUAGUACAUUGCCACAGGGAAAAUCCUUGAGAAUUGUGGCAGCAUCCACUCCUGGACCGUCCCCUGUCCUCACAUCAUAGACUGAACUUGUCACCAUAUUCAUACAAGUGUGCACAUGCACAUAUAGUCACACACAUGGAUAUCAGUCAAGCUGGUUCUUUUUAUUUGAAAAAGGAUCAGAGUCCUUUUGUGAAACCCCUGGUGUGGAUGAAAGGUGUCUACUCAUCUCUUCUAUUGUCCAGUUCUGAUUUCCAAUAGGCAAAACUCUGGCCAAGUGAUUAUUAACAAGGGAGCAUAUCAGAUUCACAUUCCCUCCUGAGGAUACUGAGAGGCCCUCUCUGCCCACAUUGAAAACCCCUUCUGUGGUGAGCCGAUGUUACUAGUAGGUAUCUGUUAUGUCCCUGAGUAUGGUGAAGAUGGAAAAAAUGGUUCAAAACUACCACUUCAGUUUAACCCAUUAUUUAUUUAGAUUCUAAUUCUUUGAGACAGAUAAGGUAACUGCUUGUGAGAUCCUGGCUGUAAAAGAGGGAGACAGCCUCUCCCGGAGACCCAGAAUUCUAGGAAUCUCACAGCCAGGUCAUCCAAAUCCAAAAAAGUCUUUAUCAGAAUGGUAAAAACCCAAUGUGAGCCUUCCUGGCCCCCAUUUUUCAGAUUGUUAGCACAUGGCCUAAAACCCAAGGAACCUGAAUGGAACAAAUAUGCUGGCAGGAAUCACAACCCUCUGUGUUAAAUGCCUCACCCAAGUCAGCUACCACAAAGACCAAUGAAGACAAGGUCUUCAGGGAAGAGGAAAGGAGAGGGCUCAUUCUUUUCCAUUGUUCCAGCUCAACCAUAGCCCUAGAAAAGUGUGCCUUUGUGUGGAGAACAGAGCCAGCUUCUUUCCCAGCCGAAGAGAGAGCAAUGCUACAGUAGUCCUGAGCAGGGUCUUCUUUCAGCCAUCCUGACAAUGAGGUUAGGGGAAAACUAGGGCCUAUGAAGAUUUGCAUCUCAGCUCUCUCAAGCAGAGAAAGUCCCAGUAGAACUUCAUAGAAGGAAGAAGUUUCUCCUUUUCCCCAUCACUGAGAUGUGGCCUCAGUUGCUGCUUCUCCCCACUGCUCUCUACAGUCAUUCUCUCCAUACUGGGGCCUGGGCAUGGGAGGACUCUGAGAGACAAGCAGAACCUACCAAAAGGGCACCAAGUUUGGCCUGCAAGCCUCAGCCCUUCUUCCCAAGUCUCAAGUCAGUGUGUGGUGUGGGUCAGCCUUGGCCUGGGGUCUAGGUUCUAGAUUUCUGUUGCCAACUGAAUUACUUAGAUAUAGCCAGAUCUGACCACCAAGAGUUAUUCUAGAGGGAAUUGAGUUUAGUCAUGCAGAAGCUCCAUGGCACUUGUACUAAAUUGGGUGCUUACAGAAGAAGGAAUACCACUUGGUGUUGAGAUACUCAGAAGAAAGCAGGAAGCUGCCACCAGGGGCUUGGUAAGAGCCCUGUGUAGCUUCCUUCUGUAGGAAUGGCUUGAGCUAGAAGCAGGGUGAAAAACUGCUGGGGAUGGAUUCUUUAGGACUGAAAUGAACAGGAGAAUAAUGUAUAUAUAUGGCCCUGAACAUUUUGAAACUCACAGCCCUGUAAAUACUCAUCAGCCAUACUCCCUGGACUGAUCAGUCAGAGGGGCCAUUAUUCAGUCUUAUUUUUAAAAAAGGAAAGCAAACACAUGACUCCUGGACCUAAGAACUGUAUCCAAAGCUGCCAGACUUGGUAAUUUUCACUGAGAAGAUUAAAGCACGUUAAACACAAGGGCUCUUACUUUCCUGGCAAGUCAUCCUCUAUACCAGUGGCCCUGGGCUGCUGGGUCUCACAGACAAGACAUUUUGAGUAGAGACGAGCUCUGGGCUUUGGGAGCUGGACAGUUUUUUUUUUUUUUUUCUCCUGACUCCUUAUCUGACACAGAGACUAAAAGUCCAACUUCUUGCUUCUUGAUCCUUCAGAGAUGAAGGUGAUGCUCAUUGCUCUGGAGCUGCUGCUUCUACCUCUCCAUGAGUGAGUGGUGAGAGACUGUGGGCCAGACCAGGCUGCUCUGUCUCAGGGCCUGCAUAGCAUGCCCCAGAGUUCUUGCAAAAUGGGAAAAAGCUGAUUUAAAAUCACCCCUCUCCCUGUCUGAAGUCAGCAAGCUUCUUGGUGAAGAGCCUGCUACAGAGGGCCUAGGGAACACCGCCCCCAGCAAAGAAUAGAGUUUCAAAUCCACAACAGUUCUGGGAAGCAGAAAAAUCACACAAGGGAGGCUGGUCUCUUCUGUGUAAACAUCUAGCUUUGUACCAAAGGAAGGGUCCAUUGUUCUUCAGUCCAGAGUUGCAGAAGCUCCAUCCCAAUCCCCCUGUCCAGAAUUUCCCUUUGGAGUGUCCUAAUCCCUAGAGACCCUCUGUAAGGCCCAUUCCCUCUUCAAGAUUUCCAUCACUGUGAUUGUCUGAAAUUCUGCCAAGUAUAAAAAAUAGUGUCUGGCUCUAAUUAGGGAAUGAGAGAAUGUUUCAGCCUUUUCUUCUUGUCUGCUGAAAAUUGAGACCAGUGCUUUCCCCAAGCACCACCCACCCAGACACCAGCCAUGGGAGGCAUGAGUUACACAUAUGCUCCCCUGAAGACCACUUAACCUAAGCCUGUUUUUCACACAGCUGUCCUCUACCCUUUUAUUCAAAUAAAAGGGCAUCUGGAUGAUACUGAGGGUCACUGAGGAAGUGACUGUCCAGGUCUGCUGUUUUGCCUUCCCCAGUGGAACAUUUGAGCAGUGGCCCCUAUGGUAUCCCAGGGAUGGAGCAGUUUCCUCACUCCUAGAUAUUGAUCCAACUCUCAAGUGCUCUUUCUUUGAGGACAACUGCAGCAGAAGCCACGAAUGCAUUGCCUCUUUCUACCCUCAGCCCAAGCAAUGGGCUAGCAGAACAGACACCCACCUUUCUGGCCCUGGUGCUCCCUAUGGGAUGUCACCCCAGCUUUGCUUAAAUGGCUGAAUCUUAGGGCUCCUCAAUUCCUCUCAUCAGUAUGGAAAGCACAGAAUCAAACUGCCUGGGAAGAGGGUACCUCACUGGGAAGGGAGCUCCAGGGUUGUACCCAGGCCUCUUAGCCCAAAGCACAACUUCAACUAUUGCAGGCAUCACACCUUUGGAAAGAGUGGUGUCAGGAAACCCUAACACCAAAAGAGAGGCUCAGAAGAAUCUAUCUAGCAGGGCCCAGGUCAGGCCAUGACCACCCCAUAGCCAAGAGUAACCUCUAGGCAAGUCUGAGAACUGACAGCAGGCCACAAUAUUCCUGCAGGUAUGUCUCCUUCAAAGCAGCAGAGUAAAGGCAGAUGUACACAGUCAUGUGUUGCUUAACAGUGGGAAUCCAUUCUGAGAACUGUACCAUUAGGCCAUCUGUUCACAAUGCAAAUAUCAUAGCAUAUAUUUACACAAACCAAAAUGUCUAUGGCAUUACUAGGCAAUAUAGUCUUACAGGACCAUAUGCAGUCCAUUGUUGGUUGAAAUGUCAUUAUGCAUCACAUGGUUGUUCUUCUGAAUUUGCCGCUAAACGGCAGGACAAUCUCUGCCAGAAUUUCAGGUCAUCCUGGCAGUAUUUGUAACUGAAGUCCCUUUGUAUUCUAUUUACAGUGGAAUAAAAUUGCUACUUUCUCCUGCCAGUUAGCUUGAAUUUUCCCAGGAUAUCUCUCUCAGUCCCAGGCUGCAGCCCAGACAAUGGAGAUUUCCUGAGUGGGCCCUAUCAGUGCAUUGUGUUCCCAACAGUUCAACCCUAGGGUAGAAUGGAGCUGGGCAUUUUCCCUGAUGUUGUUUUCCUGCUGCCACUAUUUUUGCCAAUCUUGAAAAGAAAAUAAUCAGUUUAUAGAAUUUCCACUAGUCCCAAUCAGCACUAAGGAAAAACUGUUUCCCUCUGGGCUACACUCCCCAAUGAUCCACAGCAUGGAGAGGGGGCCAGGUCUCAUCUGGACCAAUGAUUAAGAAGCCCAACCACAUUUCAGUUUGUAUAGCACUGGGUGGGCCUUCCCAUAUCCAUGAUGAACAAAGGCCUUCAAGCUUAGCUCCAGCUGUUAGGGAUGUCCUUGAUCUGUCUCCCAGUCAAACAUAGGCUGUGAGAGGGAUCUCUGAGAGCCCCUGAGUAACAGUGAAGGAUCCAGUGCCCUCUGGUCCCUCAUGCCUUUCCCAUUUACUCUUCUGCAGAAGGUAACUUGACAGUAAGCUAAGGGAGACCAUCCCAAGCCCUGUCUUCCCAUCUAUAGCUGCAUGUUCCUUCCAUGGCUUAGCCUUCACAGCACUCCAAGAAGGAGCACCUAGAAGCUGGGCACAGUGGAAACUAUAAUAAAGAAAAUGUGAUGCUA